UGUUUAAGUCUCCGCUCUCUGCUGAAUUUUCACUACAUCUCUGUCUGUCUCUGUCUCUGCUGCCGCACCGCGAGUCUUAAACAGCGCUCACUCUCUCACACACUCAUUCUCCAACAGGAGCGCGGUGGAGCUUCAUCUCCCUCCUGCUCUCUCACACUCCCCCUCUCUCUCUCACUCUGUCUCUCUCUCUGGUUCUACUGUGGAGGAUUAAACGGAGUCGGAUCGAGACUUAUUUUGUUUUAUCUGUGUGUGUUUGUGUGUGUGUUUAUUUCCUCACCAGGCUGUGUGAGUGCGUGUGUGUGAGUGUGUAUGUGUGUGUGAGGGACAUGGCAGCCCCGACGCUGGAGAGAGGAGCUCGGCUGGAUGGAGCGAAGGCAGAGAGGAGCUGAACGGCAGGAUGAGAAAGAAAUGAGAGAAACCUGAAACACACGCACGCGCUGCGCUCAUACUCACGACCCCUGUGGAAAGGGGAGUUUUUAUUUUUGUAAUUUUUUUUUUUACUCUUUUUUGGUCUCGUCUAAAACGGCGAAGAGUGAAGAGGAAUAUUUACCACUGGGAGAUUUUUGUUUUUGUUUUUUUCGUUUUUGGGGACAGUGUUUGGUCCAGCUCUGACUCGCCGUAAGCGAACCGAGGAUGCGUUGUUGUGGAUUAGCGCUGGUGCUCUUACCGGGAGUCUUGGUGAUCGUGAGGGCUUUCAAAAACGAUAAAUGUGGCGAGAACAUCAGGAUCACGAGCGCCAACUACCUGACCUCCCCCGGCUACCCAGUCUCAUACUACCCUUCGCAGAAGUGUGUGUGGGUGAUCACGGCGCCGGGAGCCCACCAGCGGAUCCUCAUCAACUUCAACCCUCACUUCGACCUGGAGGACCGCGAGUGCAAGUAUGACUAUGUGGAAGUGAGGGAUGGUGUGGAUGAGACGGGGCAGCUGGUGGGGAAGUACUGUGGGAAGAUUGCACCCUCGCCUGUGGUCUCCUCUGGGAACCAGCUCUUCAUCAAGUUUGUGUCGGACUAUGAGACGCACGGCGCGGGCUUCUCCAUCCGUUACGAAAUUUUCAAAACCGGCCCAGAAUGCUCAAGAAACUUCACCUCUAAAAGUGGAAUCAUCAAGUCUCCGGGUUUCCCUGAGAAAUACCCCAACAACCUGGACUGCACCUUUAUGAUCUUCGCCCCCAAGAUGUCGGAGAUCAUCCUGGAGUUCGAGAGCUUUGAGCUGGAGCCUGAUACACAGCCUCCCGCAGGGGUCUUCUGCCGUUACGACCGCCUGGAGAUCUGGGACGGUUUCCCUGGAGUGGGUCCAUACAUAGGCCGGUACUGUGGGCAGAACACUCCAGGCAGAGUCAUCUCCUACACCGGUAUCUUGGCCUUGACAAUCAACACAGACAGCGCUAUCGCUAAGGAAGGUUUCUCUGCUAACUUCACUGUAGUGGAGCGGACUGUUCCUGAAGACUUUGACUGCAUGGAGCCAUUGGGUAUAGAGUCUGGUGAGAUCCCCUCAGACCAAAUUGUGGCCUCAUCGCAGUACAAUGCCAACUGGUCUCCAGAACGUUCUAGACUCAACAACAAUGAAAAUGGCUGGACCCCACUGGAGGACUCCACCAAGGAGUGGAUUCAGGUUGAUCUGGGUUUCCUACGCUUUGUCUCAGCUAUCGGAACACAGGGUGCUAUCUCUCAGGAGACCAAGAAGAAGUACUUCGUGAAGUCCUACAAAGUGGAUGUGAGCUCCAACGGUGAAGACUGGAUCACUCUGAAGGAAGGCCCUAAACAGAAGGUUUUCCAGGGCAACACUAACCCUACGGAUGUGGCCAAGACCUUGCUGCCCAAGCCCACACUGACGCGCUUCAUCAGGAUCAGACCCUUCACCUGGGAAACGGGCAUCGCAUUACGCUUUGAGGUUUACGGCUGCAAGAUUUCAGAGUAUCCAUGUUCUGGCAUGCUGGGCAUGGUCUCCGGCCUCAUCACAGAUGACCAGAUCACUGUCUCCUCUCAUACUGACCGCAGCUGGGUACCGGAGAACGCCCGUCUGCUAACCAGCCGCUCAGGCUGGACAUUGCUGCCCCAGCCGCAGCCCUACACUGACGAGUGGCUCCAGGUGGACCUAGGUCAAGAGAAGCUGGUCCGUGGACUCAUAAUCCAGGGAGGCAAAUAUCGUGAGAACAAAGUCUUCAUGAAGAAGUUCCGCUUGGGCUACAGCAACAACGGCUCCGACUGGAAGAUGGUGAUGGAGGCUAACGGCAACAAACCCAAGCUUUUCGAGGGGAAUAUGAACUACGAUACGCCAGUGUUGAGAACAGUGGAGCCCAUCUUGACGCGGUUUGUUAGGGUGUACCCAGAAAGAGCUACGCCGGCAGGCAUGGGGUUGAGACUAGAACUCCUGGGCUGUGAGAUUGAAGCGCCCACCAUGCCCCCCACCACGCCCGCUCCUCCCACCACCCCGUCAGACGAGUGUGAUGAUGAGCAGGCCAACUGUCACAGUGGAACAGGUGAUGACUACGACCAGACAGGUGGAACUACUAUGCCCGAGACCACUACAGGGCUGGGCACCAUACCAGCAUUCCUCUGGUUUGCUUGUGACUUUGGCUGGGCGAGUGACCCUUCGUUCUGUGGCUGGACGUCCGAGGAAACAGGCUACAAAUGGCAGAUCCAGUCUAGCGGCACUCCAACACUCAACACUGGCCCCAACAUGGACCACACAGGCGGCUCUGGGAAUUUUAUCUAUACACUGGCGACUGGAGCGCAGGAGACAGAGGUGGCCCGACUUGUGAGUCCAGCAGUGACCAGCCAGGACUCAGACCUGUGUAUGUCAUUCUGGUACCACAUGUUUGGCUCGCACAUCGGCACACUGCACAUCAAGCUGCGAAAGGAGAGCAGCCAGACUGUGGCUGACGUGCUGCUGUGGACGGUCAGCGGUCACCAGGGCAACCGCUGGAGAGAAGGCCGUGUGCCUAUACCACACUCAAGCAAUCCCUACCAGGUGGUGAUAGAGGGUGUGGUGGAGAGGAAAAGCUGGGGUGACAUUGCUGUAGAUGACAUUAAAAUCUUAGACAAUCUCAACAUGGCUGACUGCAAAGACCCAGAUGUUCCUACAGAACCCAUGCAGCCUGAGGAUAACUUCAAUGAGAUCAUUGUCGACAUCACAGAUUUUCCAGAGAGCGUGGAGAACACCGAGAUCACCGGAGCAGGGAACAUGCUGAAGACUCUGGACCCCAUCCUGAUCACCAUCAUCGCCAUGAGCGCGCUGGGGGUCUUCCUGGGGGCCAUCUGUGGUGUGGUGCUCUACUGCGCCUGCUCGCACGGCGGCAUGGCCGACAGAAACUUAUCAGCUCUGGAGAACUAUAACUUUGAGCUGGUGGAUGGUGUGAAGCUAAAGAAGGACAAGCUAAACUCACAGAACUCAUACUCAGAGGCAUGAGGCGCCAACCAAUGAGAGAAAACCUCUCCUCAGGGGCAGGGGGCGGGCUAAAAUGGACUGCCGCCGCCCUUCCAUUGAAGGAGGACAAGGCUCUGAGGUUCUGGGAACCAAUUUGGGAGGAGAACUUGGACUGAGCCAUGCUUUUCUCAGGAGCUGCAGUGACAGAACCUACCAGUAGGGGGACACUGUGUACAAAACAUUGAAUAUGAGGAUUAAGAAAAUGAAACAAAAGAAAUAUGUACAGAUGAUUUAGAUGAUUAUUUUAAUUUUUUAUUUUAUUAUUUUGUAUUAUUUUUAGUUGCUCAUUUCUACAAUCGGAUGCUGGUGUUGAGACCAAUAUAUGAAAAAUGUUAUACGUAUUUAUCUUUUUUUUUUCUUUUGUCUGGGAGGAAAAAAUCUAAUCAAUUUUUUUAAAAAUGUUGUUGUUUUUUGUGUUUAAAGGAGAUGUGUAACAAGAAAAAUCCCAAAUGAACCAUGGCUGAUAACGGUGGGGGUGUUCGGCCCACGGUGGAACAAGUAUAUGGUUUGGAUUUGUUGGAUUUCAGCUGUGGUUCAGUCAGUGCCUUUGGUACAUCUUUUUUGGCCUCCUCUGUUGAUUUUAUACAUCCCUUUAGUUCUGGAACAAACAAACAAAAGAAAGAAAGAAGGAAAGAAAGAAAAAAAAAACGGAAUAUGUUGGUCACAUCUGCAAAACAUGACCCGGUUUAUUCAUUGCGCUUUAAUGUUGAGAGCUCACAUAUUGUACAUACGUUUUAAUAUAUUUUAUUGCCCUUUUCGAAGAAAACAAGUAAAAGGACAAAAAAGAAGCUGCAGUAUCCCUUUUUUCUUUGGUUGUGUGUUGUAAAUACAAUCGUCCGACUGUUUUGUGAAAGUGAAAAACGUGUGCUAUUUCCGUCCUGUUGGGUUAUUUUGCCACCCUCCCCAGAGAUGCAGCUCAUAUAAAUGUAAAAACUGGUGGUUUGACAAAUCCAGUGCUCAUACUUACAUGCACACAGACACAGUGACACUCAUUCUCAGACAAGACUCUUCUGAUGAACCUCUCUGUGCACAUUUUCCAUGGAACAUUACUGAUGUUCAUCCUUAAAUGUUUAUACUUUGUUCUACCUUAGCCUGGAUAUUGUAAACGUUCAUAGACAACAAGGUCUGUUAUUAGACCCAGUGGAAUCUCGAGGAGGGAAAAGCAGGCCUAACUCUGAUCUCUGUUUAUGUCUCUCUUUAUAACUCUCUGAUCAAGUUCUGGAUGUCUGUCAGCAUACCAAAAAAAGAACAACAAGCUCAUCAUCGCCUUGCGUUUGUCUGAAAUAAGCUGCCACCUGCUCCACCCCCAGUUCUGCCCCCUCUUCAAAGUGCUUCUUACGCCGUCCUCUCACCUCAAACGCACUUUGUCGUCAACUUCGGGCUACGCGUCUUGAAUGAGACUCACGAAUGUGGGGGUGCCUAAAGAAUGGUGCUAUUUUCUUCAUUGUAGCGCAUCUCCCAUCGCUGGCCUCAUGUUCAGAACUGCUAUCUCAUGCUCUUGUGUCUUCGCUGAUGUCGCACCUGGUACAGAGAGGUUGACUGGUCUGACGGAGGCUGAGUGGUCACCUGGUCGGCCUUGCGUUUGAUGUCAUAGCCUUGUGUCUGUACCAAAGGACUGUCACCCCGAAUUAAAGGGGGCCACACUGUCCACUAUACAUGCACCACCUACAAGGACCCAUCUCAUCUUUAGCAAUUCUGAUGAUGCACUGGACUUCAGGAAGAGACCACACUAAAGACUUACUGCUGAUACAGAAUAUGAAACGUGAAAUAUCGUAUGCUGGGCCGCCAUUCGCCAUCAUUUUGUCACUUGCAUUGGCAAAAGAGCACUGGUCAUCUUUUACGAGCAAAUCCCUAAAACCUAAGAGCGUCAUACCACAUGUAGUAUAACCAACAAGGCUCCACCAUCCCCACCCACUGGCUCAUGUUUUUAAGGUUUCUAGGUAUGUUUAUGUGCUGUGUUGUGUUCUGUGGCAAAGAAACACUCAUUCUCUCUUCAUUUCCCUCCAGUAGUUUCCAGAUUCAAGCCCAUGAACCCAUUUCUCAAUGCUACAUGUGAGUCGGCUGAAGUUAGAGGGACGAGCUUCAGUAAGGUUUCAUGAAGAAAGCAUACUGUAGCGUCAAGAAAAAAAAA